GCCGCAGCCAGACGGAGGAAGCCGGGGCUGAACGACACAGCGCCUCUCCCGCCCCGCAGCACAGCAUGGGGCAGCUCCCGCCGCCAGGCAGCUAGAGCAGCCGCGGAGCCGAUCGAGGAGCUGGCCGUGCCCAUGGGGCCGUGCAGGAGGAAGGACCCCCGGCGCCCCGGCCCCGCCGCGCCCCCGCUGCCCUGGGCGCUGCUGACCGCCCUGGUUGGGGCCGGGGUCGUGGUGUGCCAGCCGCGCUUCACCCUGCCCGUGCGCAUCGACAACAUCGCGGCGAGCGGCGACAGCCUCCUGGUGGCGGGCGGCAACUGCCUCUACAAGCUGGACCCGUCCCUGGGCCAGGAGUCCUGCGCGCCGCUGCACCUGGCGCGCCCGGGGGCGCAGGACUGCGCGCAGCCGGCGGGCACCCGCAACAAGCUGCUGCUGCCCGACCUGGAGGGCGGCCGCCUGCUGACCGGCUGGACCCUGCACGGCGGCAGCUGCCAGGUGCGGCUCCUGGGCAACCUGACGGCGCUGUUCAACCAGAGCGAGGUGGUGAGCUGCCUGCCGCAGGGCUCCACCACCGGGGUGCUCUUCGCGCCGCCGUCCGGCCCCCGCGUGCUGGCGCUGGCCGCCACCUACUCGCUGCCCAAUGAGUCUCUGCCGUGCGCUCCCUCGGCCUCGGACGCCGACACGGUGCUCACCGUGCGCAACCUGCCGGACCUGAGCCUGAUCAAGGGGGAUUCAGCGACGCUGAAGCGCGCCAAAGGGAACCCGCUGCACUUCGUGGACGCCUUCCAGUGGGGCGAGCACCUCUUCUUCCCCUACUACCCCUUACCCCCGGCGGGGCUGCCCAGCGUGGCCGUGCUGAAGUUCACGGAGUCCAUCCCCCAUCUCGUCGGCGAGCUGCUCCUGGACUGCGGCGGCCACAGCACCCUCCUCUCCUCCAGCCUCCUGGAGCGGGCGGGCUUGUGGGCCGGGGUCUUCAGCGCCGGGCCGGGCGAGCGGCGCUGGGACUCCACCGCGCUCUGCAUCUUCGCCACGCGCGACAUGAAGCAGGUGGCCGAGCAGUGGAAGGGGACAAACGACAUUUGCAAAUCGUUAAACAACAUCAAUGAAAAUCGUCAUUGUCAAAAACUGUUAUCACCAGUCAAAAAGUCACCCACCUUGAUUCACUCUGAUUUAUCAGCUGUUUAUGCUACUAUAGUUUUGAACAAGACAGUUUUGUUUUUGGGAACAAAAUAUGGACAGUUACUGAAGGCUAUUCUUAACAACAAUAUGGAACCGAACUGCCCAGAGAUUUUGUAUGAAAUUGAAGAAGAAUCUUCUGUUUUUCCCAAACUUGUACUUGACCCAGUGGAUAGUGACUACAUAUAUCUGUCAUUUGCUAACGAGGUGAGAAGAAUACAGGUUGCAAACUGCAGUAAAUAUGGUUCCUGUAAAGAAUGUUUAUCUGCAAAGGAUCCACACUGUGGAUGGUGUUAUUUAAGCAAAAGGUGCACUUUAAAAGGAAAUUGUUCACAUUCAAAUAACUCAAGGCACUGGGUUAACAUUUCACAUGAAGCUGAUAAAUGCCUUACAAUCCAGAUACGACUCAUUGGUAGAAACGAGAUUGUUGUGACUGCAGUUGGAGAUGUUUCGGCAGUCUCCAAAGGACACUUUGUUUGUAUUAUGAAAGAUACAAAAACCAACCAAGUACUUUGUAAAAAGGAAGAGCCACAAAUCAUGAACUGUUCUUGCAAUCUAAAUAGUGCAGCACUAAAUAACAAGGAUAUUUCAGCUGUUGAAGUGACACUCAUCGCUGAUUCUUGGAAUUUGUCAGAAACAUUUCAGUUGAAAAAUUGCUCAAGAUGUAUCAGCACUGGUGUUUGUGCCUUCUGUGAAAUAAAGCAUAUCUCUCCCUUUGUUGCCUGCAAGCCUGAUGAUUCUGGGCAAAUUCAGGAUGAUUGUCAUCCGAUUGACAAACAAGGGGAUGUGCCAGCCACUACUGCUUCCCAAAUGAAAGCUACUACACAGAUGUCAGAGCCUAUCUGCAAUAUUUCCAUAGAACCUUUAUGGAUAUCAGUGUUAGGUAGAAGAGACGUGAUAAUCAAAGGAGCAAACUUUACAGAAGCAUCAAACAUUACAGUGGUGUUGACUGGAACCAGUAGCUGCAAACAAGACAACAUACAAGUCAGCAAGGUGUUAAAUGACACACACGUGAGAUUCUCUCUCCCACCUAGACGCAAAGAGGCCAAGAGUGUACACAUAAAGGCCAAUGGGCGUAAAUGUUCACCACCAAUCACAGUAUAUUAUGUCUCUGAGCCAUCAUGUACUAAAAUACAGCCAAACAUCGCUUGGGCCAGUGGUGGUCGCAAAAUAACCCUCUCUGGGAGAAAUUUUAAUGUGACAGACAGUGUCAUUAUUUCAGAUGACCAGAGAUUAAAAUUUACUGUCUCUGGAUGUCCUGGAAGUACUUCUCCAUGUAGUUUCCUAACACCAGAUGUUAGCCUUUCAAAAGAGUUUAAAAAUGUUACUGUGUCACUAAAACUGGAAAAUGUCCUUAUACCUUGUUUUGAAUUAAAAUAUUGUCCUGACCCUAUAUUUAUUGACUAUCAACUGCAUACUGAGAUGGACCCACAUCUGGAAUUAAAAUUAUAUGUUACAGUAGGAAACUUUUCACAGGAAGUUCAAAAGAAAUCAUCGCACAAGUAUUUGUAUGUUCUGUCUUUGCUCCCUAUCUUAUUACUGGGUGUAAUUGUUGUGGCAAUCAUAGUAACUAGGUACAAAUCCAAACAGUUAACCCGUAAACUGAGUCAACAAAUUGAACUGUUAGAAUGUGAAAUUCGGAAAAAAAUACGUGAUGGAUUUGCAGAGCUACAGAUGGAUCAAUUAGAUGUGGUGGAUAGUUUUGGAACUGUUCCCUUCCUCGACUACAAACAUUUUGCUCUUAGAACUUUCUUCCCAGAGUCAGGCGGCUUUGCAUCCAUUUUCAUUGAAGACAUGCACACUAAUGUGUCACGGAGCAGAGACCCCAGGCAAAAGGAUGAAAGCCUCACCAUGUUGCAUGCUUUAAUUUGUAACAAGGAUUUUCUUGUUACUCUCAUUCACACCCUUGAAAAACAGAAAAAUUUCUCUGUGAAAGACAGGUGCUUGUUUGCAUCCUUCUUGACUAUUGCACUACAAAGUAAACUAGUCUACCUAACCCAUAUUCUAGAAGUCUUGACCAGGGACUUGAUGGAGCAGUCUAGCAAUACGCAACCUAAGCUCAUGCUAAGGCGCACAGAAUCUGUCGUAGAAAAACUGCUGACAAAUUGGAUGUCUGUUUGCCUUUCUGGUUUUCUUCGGGAGACAGUUGGAGAACCAUUCUAUAAGCUUGUGACCGCCCUCAACCAGAGGAUAAACAAAGGGCCGGUAGAUGUAAUAACUUGCAAAGCCCUGUAUACACUAAAUGAAGACUGGCUUCUGUGGCAAGUGACCGAAUUCAAACCAGUGGCACUGAAUGUCUUCUUUGAAAAAAUCCCAGAAGAUGAGUGUGCAGAUACCUGUCUUGAUAUCGAAGCUAAUGUUCUGGAUUGUGAUACCAUAGAGCAAGCCAAAGAGAAGAUCUUUCAAGCAUUUCUAAACAAGAAUGGCUCCCUUUAUGGUCUUCAGCUCAGUGAAAUUGGUCUUGAACUUCAGUCUGGUGCACAGCAAAAAGAACUGUUAGAUAUAGAUGGUUCCUCUGUGAUUCUGGAAGAUGGGAUAACAAAGCUAAACACUAUAGGUCACUAUGAGAUUUCAGAUGGAGCAACUAUAAAAGUCUUUAAAAAGAAAACUAAUUUCACAUCAGAUGUGGAAUACUCUAACAAACACUGUCAUUUGAUUUUACCUGACUCUCAAGAGCCACAGGGAGCAAUGCACAAAGGAAAGCAAAAAUUUGAAGUGAAAGAAAUGUAUCUGACAAAGCUGCUGUCUACCAAGGUUGCAAUUCAUUUAGUUGUUGAAAACCUCUUCAAAAGCAUUUGGAGUUUACCCAACAAUAAAGCCCCAGUUGCCAUCAAAUACUUUUUUGACUUUUUGGAUGCUCAAGCUGAAAGUAAAAAAAUUACAGAUCCUGAUGUGGUCCACAUAUGGAAAACCAACAGUCUUCCUCUUCGCUUCUGGGUGAAUAUAUUGAAGAACCCUCAGUUUGUCUUUGAUAUUAAGAAGACACCACAUAUAGAUGGCUGUUUGUCAGUAAUUGCACAAGCUUUCAUGGAUGCCUUUUCUCUAACAGAACAGCAGCUGGGAAAGGAUGCACCAACAAAUAAACUUCUCUAUGCUAAGGAUAUUCCACUCUACAAGGAGGAGGUGAAAGCUUACUAUAAAGCAAUCAGGGAUUUGCCUCUAUUGCCCUCAGAGGUAGAAGAAUUUUUAACUCAGGAAUCUAAGAAACAUGAAAAUGAAUUGAAUGAGGACGUGGCCUUGACUGAAAUCUACAAAUACGUAGCAAAAUAUUAUGAUGACAUUCAAAGUAAAUUAGAGAGAGAACAGGGGCUAGAAGAUGCCCAGAAAGAUCUCCUGCAUAUAAAAGCCUUAUUUGAUGAAAAGAAAAAAUGCAAGUGGAUGUGAACAGAGGACGCGGGCCCAAGACUGUGAUUUUUAAACUACAGGUGCUGGUACCAAACUAGUGUUUUGGCUGGUUAUGUCUUUUUUUUACCAUUUGGAUAUUGUUCUCCAUUCAGACCAUUUAAAGUAUUUGAAGUGUAGGGCAUAACCAACAGGCACACAUACAGAGCUAGACUUUCAAAUAUGGGCAUGUAAAAGUGCAUGUGAGCCUUGUACUCAUGCGUUGAGCCUGUUUAGUACAUUUGUGUGCCCCGACCCUCCGAUUUGAAAGUCUGCCCCACGUAGUUCAAAAUGAAAUAAACAUGCAGAAACCAAUGUACUCACUGUAAGUUAAAGAAACUUUCCCCUAAGCAUGUUUUUCGUAGGUCACUGCCACCUUAUUAACAGAGAAUAGUGCUAAUUGGUCAUACACCCUGACACCUCAUUGAUCUUAGUGUGGUCUUAAAUACUAUUUUAAGUACCAUUCCCCUCCCUUGUUCCCCCUUAAACACAAAAAUGUGCUAGUUUUGUUUGACAACAAUAGACGAGUAGCACUUAUGCCCAGGUAAUUCAGUAUUAGCAGAAAAGCUGGUGGAGAGGCUCCAGGGCUAGAUGUGAGGAGCCAUUUUUUUUAACUCAAGGUACACGGAUUCUUGUUUUAGAAAUUCUCAAUGUGAAGGAAUCCAAAGGUGGGUAGAACAUUAGGUUGCUGGUGCAAUCAACUGUUCCAAGGACAUGUUCCAUAGUUUACAUUGCUAAGAUUUGAGAGUAUCAAGACACUCUUGAACACAUUUAUGUUUUGAUGAUGGUAUAUAAAUACACUGCAUCCAAACAUUCCAAUUAUUUCACUAAAUCAAAUGGAGUUUGUUUUUUUGGGGUGAUAAAAGAUUUACUUAGUGGCCGUGUAGAUUAGUAUGGACGAGGGGACUCUAGUUUUCACUGUGGCUACUAGUUUCUCAAAUGUAUAAAGCUAGUAGUUUGCCUGAGAGCACAAGUGAAGUAUUCUGUUGGAAGUUUAGGAUUAUUCUAAGAAAUUGCAAAAAAAGUCAGUCAUAGUUGCUGAUGUUUUUACUGCUGUGGCUAUGGUGCUACUUUUUGAUACAUACAGUUCACCUGGGCUUUGCUAAAGAGAUCCGUGCCUGACUGCCUUAAACUCCUAUAGGCCAUCAGAUUUAGCUCAGGACUCCUGUAUAUUACAAGUAUCAGAGGGGUGGCCCUGUUAGUCUGGAUCUGUAAAAGCAGCAGAGAGGCCUGUGGCACCUUAUAGACUACUUUGCUGCAUGUAUAUUACAGUAUUAACUGAGUCAGGGAUCCCAAACACAAUGCACUUCCAUUCUGGAGCAUGCAGAGCUUUAGCCUAUGGCACAUGAGUAAGGUCCUGUCUAUGCUGUAUGUUGGAACUGUUUUGUAGCUACAUUCGCUGACCCAGUUGCAACUGCUGUCCAGCUGGGCUCGCUAAGGCUAAAGCCUUCUACUAGGUUUGGUGUGCAGCUAAAGGAUAUCUCUCCUUUCACAGCAAGACACAAAAGGGAAACAGUUACUUAGGAAGCCCUGCACUGAGUUUGAGUCAUCAACCACUUGCAGGAGGAGGUGUAGAUAAGGGGGAAAAGACUGGUGCAGUAACUUCCUGAAGGAGGAAGCAUGGUCCUUGAGCUGCUUCGAACUCCUGAGGCUCUGAACAGCCGUGCACAUGAACAGCAAGCACCUCGACACUGCACCCCAGACAGCAUAGCUCAGUUAGGAGUUGUGCUGCUAGUUACUGCCUCCGUGAGCGGGUAGAAGGCCCACAGCAGGCAUUAAUUAUCUCUGCAGGAAGUGCUAGGGGUUGGUCAGGCGCAGUGCCACAACUAUGCCUGGCCAAAUCUGAGGCGUGCUAACCACCCGCUGAGGGCAGCAGGGCCCAGCUGUUAACUUGGGGAAAGGGGGAGGUUGGCUGCAGCUCUGCUUCCUCCCCUCCCAGCCUUUGUCUGGCACAUGCACACAUUUCCCUUUCUUUUACCCAAAAGGGGAGCCCUUAAUUCACACGUAUUUAGUAAAUAACUUUAUCUGAUGUUUAUAUUUGAUGGACUGUAGCCACUGUAAAAAUACCGUGUGACAUACCCAGGGGACAAGCUGGAGAAAAACCAGGGAGUGCUCGCACCCAUGGGGCUGGCCACCAAUCAGCUGUUCAGUGGCUGGCCCUACGCCCCCAUCAGUUCUUCAGCAGCUGUGCCACCGAGCAGCUGUUGGACAGGGCUGCCCUGCCACGCUCUGCCCCCCACCCCCACUACUCCCUUAAAGGGGGGGCACAGAGUGGGACCUCACAGGAGGGGAACAAAGUCAGUGUGGGGACACCCACUGUCAAAAACAAAAAUCAGUGCUUGUGGGUACAACCACUACUCACUGCAGCCAUCCACCUUAGCUGCUCUGUUGAGUUUUUUUAGGAAUGUUUAAUGGUCCUGCUGUAGCCUUUAAACAACACAUUUGAAGUGACUAUUAUAGGAGUGGAGCAGGGAGAUUUGAGAGGCAGGAAGGGGUAAAAGGUCGGUUACAGUUCAGGGUGCUGGUGACUGUUCUUUAAAAGGAAAUGCAAUCGUUCUGGCCAAGCCUAACCGCUUGUGUAGAUGGGGUAGUGGAGGCUGCCUUCCAAGAGUGCCCGUUAGCAGGCAUAGAAACAGUGCUGCUUGAGGCUCCCUGCCCUUGGGAAGAAGGAAUGGAAAUAGCCCUCUUUAGGCACGUAAUCAGCAUGUGUUUAAAGGGGCAGAGACAUUAAAGUCAGUCCUGUUUUGUAUUUGUUUUGGGGCCACUGCUUACCAGCUAAGAGGUAAAAUGGUGAAGCAGGUGUAAUGCACUUGUAUCCCACACAGGACCAGGAUUACUGCAUUUUAGUUAAGUCUCAGCAGUAGCUUCACUCCAAAUUUUGGUAAAUCAUUUAAACAUAUACCCGGGCUUACCAACCUGUGAAGUGGGUCUCCUAUAGUGCAAUUAAAUGUAUAAUCAAAUGUUUGUAGAUUGUUUUAGAACCUUGGGUGAGAUUGUAAACCAUUAUGGAAUGCACUUAGUAUUUGCACUCCACUGACAUUUCAUCACCCCGAGAACACUGACAGUCAAAUCACAUACCUGUUUUGGAAAGUCUGUGGAUUAAAGCAAGCCCUCGUACAGAUACAAUUACCAGUUAACAGCAUUGGUUGUAAGGGAAACAACCAACUUGUCUUGAACUUAUUUUCAGAUGUUUACAGGCAAAUUAACUAUUUGUAAACAGUAUUUGUUUUUCUAACACUAGCUUGUAAAGCAUUAUUUUGCAGUUAGUAUAAUGUAAUGUUAAACCCUACUAACAUGUAAAGUAGCCCCUUUUGUACAGAAUUUAAGCUGUUUAAAAUGGAUGUUUCAAGUAAGUACAGAGCAGAGAUGCAUCUUGAUGUGUGUAUAAGUUAUUCAGAAUAAAAUGUAUUUGAAAUUUA